AAUAAACUAAACAAGAUGUCGUUGCGAGGCACAAAGCGGGCGACUGGGAUGCGUGGCGACGAGGCAGGCGCAUCCAAGCGUCGACGUGCAGAUCCCGAAGAUGCACUUUGGCAGCUUCGGCCUGUCAGUGACCUCAAGAUGUCAUCUAUAUAUAAUAGAAGUGCCUCUGAGGCACCUGCUGAACUAUUCAGAAAAGAUCUCAUCAGUGCGAUGAAGCUACCUGACUCGGAACCUUUAACUCCAAGUGAGUACUGGGUUAUCACUGAUACAUGGAAACAAGACUGGGAACGAGGGGUACAAGUACCUGUUAAUCCUGAUUCGUUACCAGCUCCAAAAGUUGAAAUAAUUCAUAAUCCGACACCGCCCAAUUUUCAAGAAUUUAAAUUGCCUAAGGACAAAUAUAUUCAUCUGACGCGAGAUGCGCAUUACCAGGUAGAAAAACAUUUACUGAGCACAACUCCAGCACAAGCGGAGGCUGCAUGCAGCUAUGACUUGGAUGCAACGGAUAUGGCCUGGCUGAAGUUGCUGAAUGCUGAAAGAGCGCGUGCUGGAGCACCAUCGGUCUCAGAGGACCAGCUUGAAAAAGUCAUAGAAGAACUGGAGGUUCGGACUUGGGACAAGAUACAGGCCAUCAUAAAAUCUGAAGAAGGUUUAGGUAUAGAAUAUGACGAAAACGUAAUUUGUGACGUAUGUCGUUCACCAGAUUCCGAAGACGGUAACGAGAUGGUUUUCUGCGAUUCAUGUAACAUUUGCGUCCAUCAAGCUUGUUAUGGAAUCACUGUAAUACCAGAUGGUCAAUGGCUAUGUCGUCCUUGUGGUGCUGGUAUUAGACCAACUUGUGUUUUGUGCCCUAAUCUUGGUGGGGCAAUGAAGUGUACACCAUCGGGCCAUAAAUGGGCCCAUGUUAGUUGUGUUCUUUGGAUUCCUGAAGUUUCCAUCGGAUGCGCUGAAAAAAUGGAACCCAUUACUAAAAUAACCUCUAUACCAGCUUCACGCUGGUCGUUAGUUUGUGUCCUGUGCCGUGAGCGAAAAGGAGCGUGUAUUCAAUGUUCUGUAAAGACUUGUAAAACGGCCUACCACGUCACCUGUGCAUUUAAACAUGGACUUGAAAUGCGUGCAAUAAUAGAAGAUGAAAACGCUGAUGAUGGUGUUAAAUUGCGUUCGUAUUGUCAAAAGCAUAGUGUCAAUUCAAAAAAAGAAAAGUGUCCUGGUUCUGGUUCUGAGGAAGAAGAAGUGAAAAGGAAGCGUAGAAAAGAUAUGACUUCUGAAGAAAAAACCCAAGCCCGUGCUGCACGUCUUCAGGAAAUAGAGGGAGAGUUUGAUCGCCAUGUUAGUGUAAAAGAUAUUAGUACGCAUCUCUUAGAUGUUGACCAAGACGCUAUUAACUACAUUUACAACUACUGGAAAUUAAAAAGACGAGCAGGACAUAAUCGUCCUUUACUUCCCCCUAAAUCAGAUGAUAAUGAACUUCUUACUCAUAGGCAGGAACAAGCAGACCUAGAUAAAAUGAAAAUGUUUGUACAACUGAGACAAGAUUUAGAAAGAGUUCGAAAUCUAUGUUAUAUGGUUAGCCGUAGAGAAAAGCUUUCGCGUUCUUUCUUCCGCAUGAGGGAACAGACAUUUCACAAACAAGUAGCAGUGCUAUCAGCUACAGAUUCGACAAUUUCGGGGCCAGAUUUAGCGGCUAUUAUAGAGGCCAACCAUGGUCCAUCAAUAUAUGACAGAUUAUAUUCUCAUGCAAAUGCCCCUGAUCAUAAAAAUGAUUUUGAUAAUCUUCUUGCUCGAAUAGCACCACAAGAUUCAAGCGAUGAUAAGAAAAAAGACAGAAAUGGUCUUGUUCGUGGUUCUAAGUCAACAAAUCCUUACAAAAAACAUUAUGUGAAUGGAUCUCGACGAAGUGGAAGUAUGUAUAGUGGGCUAUCAAGUGAAGAAAGUGGUUCUGAGGUUAGUCGAAAUACAAAAUAUCGUGGUCGAGCCAUUGGUUCAAGUACUGAUGAAGAUGUAAAAAAGCCGGCUACGUCUCCAAAGAAAAAAAUAUCUCCAAAAGCAAAAGGAAAGAAAUCCCCUAAAAAACCAGAAAGGAAGAAGAGGAAAAUGCCACAGUCAAAGGCAGUCAUUGAAAGCAGCAGUGAAGAUGACAAUAUAAAAUCUAGAAUGUUGACAAUGAAAAAAGAUCGGUCACGCAGCAAGACUCUUCAACAAAUGGAAAAAGAAAUGGCUGCCGGAAAAAUAGAUCAGUCUGGUACCGAUAGUGAUGACUUAAUUCCUAUCAGAGCUACGAGAAAUAGUAAAUUUCCAGUGGAUAUUUAUUCGGACAGUAGUGAUGGAGCAUGUGUCAAAGAUGAGCACAAGUCCGAUAAAUCUAAAAUUAAAAAUGAAAAGACAAAAGCAGAGAAAAUUAAAAAUAUGAAAUCUCCAAAUGAAAAUGAUUCUCAACAAUCGUUACCCCGGACUAAAGCCGCAAUGAAAGAGUUCAUUCCAACCCAGUCUGAAAAGAAAAAAUCUGCAGAAGCUAAACCAGGUCCUAAAAAACGAGGAAGGAAACCCUCAAACAAAGAGAAAAAACCGCCUAUUAAAGCUGAAUCAGACGAUGAAGCAAAAAAUAAAGAGAAUAUUAAAUUUGCUAAACAAAAAGAUAAUCCUACUGAUUUAAUUGUACCUCAAAGACAAGCUGCUAAAAAAGCUUCUGAAAAUAUGCGUUCUACAACAGCCGUGAAAAAAGAGGAAUCAAGUACUGAAAAACCUGUCAGUGGAGAUGAUUCCAAAUCGAAACCUAAAGUAAAAUCAAAGGGAAAGGAAGUUAAAGAUAUUUCGGACAGAACAGGGAGAAAAAAAUCUUCUAAAGAUCAGGAAAAAGAGCCUAUAUCAUAUGUUCCACAAAGACAAGCAGCCAAAAAGGCAGCUGCACACAUAAAGAGUGGGCUUGGAACUAAAACUGCACCAACAGAAACAAAUGAUAUGGAUAAAAAGAAGGAUCCAGACAAGGUUGAAACAAAACUUUCGCCUAAAAAAGAAGAUACAAAACGGUUAAGAUCUCCAACAAAGGAGAGUUCUAGUUCUUCAUCUAAUACAAGUAGUAGCAGCUAUUCGUCUUCAUCAAGUUCAGAAGAAGAACAGGAAAAACCUGGUAUGAAACCAACGGCGAAAGCACGUGAAAUUAAGCCAGCUACUAGGCAACCCUCUAUGUUUUCACCUCCUGGCUCUAGACCUACAGUGGACUUGCCCUUUCUUGACAAGGUGUCAAGACCAUUGUCUUCAACUAGUGCCUCGAGUGAUUCUGACAGCUCUAAGGGAUCAAGAUUUUCAGGCUCUGGAAGUCCCUCUCCCAAGCGUCCCCGCAGACGUCGAAAGAAAAAGAGUGUCUCAAUUGAUGCGUCCCCACGCAAGGCCCCAGACAAGAAGCUUAAAACUUCCGAACGGGAAUCCGAGUGUGGGGUAUCAUCACCGCCUAUUGAAGGAGAGAAAUCGAGUAGACCCAAUGAUACGCGUGCUGCCACACGUGCUCGGACCCGAAGCACUACUACAAGCGGAAAUAUGCCUAAUAAGUCUAAUGCCCGAGAGAGAAAACCAUCUAAAGACUUCACAGGACAUACCUCUACAUACAAUAAGAUUUCCAAAGAGGGCAGCCAGCCCAUUGAAUUUACAACUCCGAAGCGGAAAACGGACGAGGAGAUAAAAAAAGAAGCUGUGGUCUUACCAACUGAAACAAAAUCUGAUUUAAAAACAACAAAAACAAAAAGGUCUAGUCUAUCAGUUGAAGACAAAAAAGAAGAUGCAAUAAAACAUAAUGAUAGCGAAACGGUUCUUCUAAAAAGAACAAGUCCAAGAAAAAGUACUGAGUCAAAACACAAAGUUGUAACUAGUAGGAGAGUGAGCAUAAAAGAUCCCCCAGGUAAAGAAAUUUUAUCGCCCAAAGCCAAAGAGAAAAGCCCAAAAGAGACACGUGAGCAGAAAAUUAAUGAAAGACGUUCAAGUAGACGUGAUUCACAAACUAAAGAUCGAUGUCACCUUUCUCCGGCUAAGAAGACUAUUGUUACAAUUGAAAAUCCACCACCAGUGGAAAUAACAGAAAAGAAACAUCCAACUAUUAUAAAUGACUUUCCUGAUUCUGAUAAAAAUUGGUUACCAAAAGCACCAAGUCCAAAUGUGCAUCCACCUCCGGUAGAAAAACCUGGGGAUCAUGAGAAAUACAUGACAGAAGAUAAAUCACUUGACUCAGAUUGCACAGAUAAGAGUAGUAUUAAAAUGAUAGCAAAAAUACAAGCAAAUUUAAAUGAAAAUACAAUGAUUAAAUCCCCAAAGACCCCAAUGGAUGCAAGAACUAUUGAAUCAAUGGAUGUUGAAAAUCCUAUUGUGCGUACAAUUCGAAAACGUUCUGUACUUGAAUCAGAAAAGAAAUUUAUUACCCAAGAUUCUAGCCAUGUCCAAGGUGUCGAAAUAUCAAAGAGUGCAAAAAUUCCAUCUGCUGUUAAUCCUUUCCCUAACAGAGCAGUAUUUUCUCCACAGCCCAAAGACAAUGAGUUAUUCGAAUUUGACAUGCUUGGGGUUGAUGAUGGAUUUAAUCACGACGAGAUGAUGAAACCUUUCACGUCUUAUCCUGAAAUAUUUUUACAAGAAGACUCUAAAGAACAAGGUGUACAAGAAACAUUAAAUUUGGUUGAUAGGCUCAGGAUGCAAUUAAACAAAAAAGCACCAACUGAAAAUGUUUCACAAGAUGAAGUAGCAAUAAAUGAUAAAGCUUUGAAGGACGAUGACGGUCCUAUUAAUACAAACAAAGAAAAAAGUGAAUGUGAAAUAUUGCCAGGAAAAGAUGAUAACAUAUUAGAUCUACAUAAUAAAAGACAAACAAAAGAUAUUCAAACUCCUAAUCAUUUUUCAGAACCAGGAGAAAAUAUUGAGCCCAUAAGACAUAUUAUUUCAGAGAGUAAGGAUGACCAAACUAUACCCAUUAAUACAAAUGAAAAAUGGAUAGACAUAAACAUGACUCAGACCGAUUCUCAGCUAGAUCAGUCUAGUGAAUCUAAAUAUGACAUUGCUUCAUAUACUGAAGAUUUUAAGGAACCUACAACUGUCCAAUCAAUUAAUUCUGUUUCUGAAGUUGGCGAUACAAUAUCAUUGUCAAAACAGAGUGACGAUUCGCAAUCUUUAUCGGUAGUGGAUCAUUCAGUUCACAGUAAUGACCAUGAUUUGACACAAGACAAUCAAACAUAUGAUAAUAAUAAUUCUGUAAUACAUUCAGAUUGUGCUACAAUAUCGUCUCCAUAUAUUGGUCAUUCUUCAAAAUGGAGGGAAAGUAAGAUAACGACUAGAAGAUCUUCAGCUUCAAGUACAAAUUCAGAAAGCUCCAUAUGUUCUCAGAAAGCAGAUAUAAAGUCACACAUUAAUUGUGAAUCUCGCCAAGGACCCAUGAUACCCGAAAUUGAUCCUUAUCCACCAAUGCCUGCAUAUUCCUGUCGAGUGGAACCAACAAUGCCCCUUAACCAAUAUACAAGCUAUCCACCGAAUGCGUCGCCAUUUUUAAGUACUAUGGGUACUUUACCACUGUUUGCCACCGGAGCGUGUGCUUCAUCACAGUUACCAUUACCAUCGCCAGGUCCUGGACUUUACACCUCUGGGCUACCAUAUACUGCAACUCCAUUGUUACAAACUUUACCUAAACCAGCUUUCUCUACAAUAUGUGCUGCUUUUACUUCAUCAUCUCAGAAUAUUGCAUUGACUACUGCAAUGAUUGCGUCACCUACACCAAAACCGCUUGACUCUCCACGAGAUGAUAUCGAUGUCACUGGUAGUGAUAAACUGUCUAUACAUGUCGCUUCUAGUCCAAGUCUCAGCAUCGAUUCAUAUAAUGAUUCGAGUAAUACCAGAGCUCCAACUAAAAUGUCUAAUGAUAGUAGCGAAACUAUUAUGAGUUUAAGCCAGCAAGAUUUAAAGUCGUCUCCAAAACUAACUAAAAGUAUUACCAAAUUCCCAGGAAAAUCUCCAGGUAAAAGUCCUGGAAUCUCGCCUAAACAGGGUGAUGCUACUAAGGUCAGCAAACGAUCAAGUAAUAAGAGCAAUAGAAACCAAAGAGGACGAGGGAGAUCAAAAAGUCGUGGUAGCUAUGCAUCAGUGGACUAUUUGGGCAAUUCAAUUCAGAGUAAAUUAGUAGGCACUGUUUAUGAUUUUAAUGAGGAAAUUGCCAACGAUGGAGUUGAUUUAAAAGCAUUAAGAGAACGACGAAAAUCUAUAGACACAAAGGAUGAUAGAAAAUCGGAACAUUCUUAUAAAGAUUCUUCACAAUCGCCUCGUGUAGUAAGUCCUGAACCAGCUAAUAAGAGAGUGACUGAAUGCAAAUCUGAGGAAAAGGCGACGCCUGAACCAAUUGAAGAACCUCAGUCACCUUCCAACAAAUCUAACUCUGAAAGAGGCCCAGGAUUCUCACAAGUACAUCCAGUCUUACCAGGACCUGUUGAUAUGCGUACCUACAACCCCUUUGAGAAUCCUGCUCCAGCUACAGGUGAUGCUUAUCACAGUCAUUUAUUAGCUUUUGCAAGUGGUACAGCUGACCAACAACUAAUAGAAAUUGAUGAAGAGGUAGAAAAACAACUUCAUAGUGCUUUAAUGGCUAGUAAACCGAAGUCCGGGGCGCCAACUGCUAGUUCCACCCAAGAUAUAAUAGAACCUGCUAAAGAAACUGCUUCAUCCCAAUUACCAAAAGUAUCACUAUCGGACUCUAGAAAUCAACUGAAAGUUAAAAUUAAAGGUCCAUUUUUAGAUGCUAAUUAUUCAGCAAGUUCUGUACAACCAGUGGCCCCACAACCUCCGGCUCCUACACACGAAUCGAAUACAAGUGCUUUAAACACUUCAAACAAUUCAACGACUACUAUGGUGACAGGAUCGACAAAUCUGAGGCGAAUGCGCAAAAAAGAGUUAUUGCGCCAAUAUUGGACGCAAGACAUGAAUAUGGACGAUCCAACUAAUGCAUCUACUAUGGGCAUAGCGCCGCCACCAGCAGCACCUCAACCAUUAGGUCGUGCUGUUAUAACAAUACCAAAAGCAGUAGCUUCAAUGACUAGUAUACCUACAAGAGAAGAUUACAAAAUAACUGAUAGCCCAGUUGAAAAGAAAAAACGAAAAAUAACCAGUGGCCUCUCUCGGGAAUUACGACAUUUAGAAGUGAGUAUGAAUGAUGAUGUUGAUCCAUCUGAUGACGUGAAAUUAUCUAAUUUUGCCAGCAGUUCAAGUCAAGCUCAUAAGAGGCGUGGGCGAGUUUCUACAAAACAAAAUCCAUCAAAUGCUACAUCACCAGUGGCUCCAAAGCUUAAAAUAAAAAUUGGCUCCAAUAUAGUUCAGCAAGUGAACGAUGAACCUACCGGAUUUCAAUUCCGGCCUCCGAAAAAACGGCUACAGGCUUCUAUUCCUAAACCGAGCUUAGAAGAUUUGCGACGAGAAAGUAUGAAGUAUCGGCGCAUGGUGAUGGCUGAUUUUGAAGAGGAUGAGAAAACGAGUAAACACAAACCCAAUAAGAGCGAAAAACGUAAAAAGAAGAAAGAAAAGAAAUCGGAGAAAGAAAAACUUCAAGUGGUUAAUAGUGAAAGUGAAAGUGCUACAAAGUUAAUCAUAAAGAUAAAACGUACUAAAGACGAAGAAAAAAAAGCGGAAGGAUCGGAAGGCGGACCGAUAGCCGGUGCGACGGCCGCGGCACCGGAGCCACCUGUGGAUCCGUUCGAUUACGACCCAACAGCACCAGAUCCACUGGCUAUCGAUCCACCUUUCAGCUCCGAAACAGGUUCGACCAUGCGUAGAAUACGGACAGAUAAAGUGACACCUAUUCGAUUAAAACUAGCUCGUAGCUCCCAAGGUUCGGGGUACGUUAUGAAGGAGCCCGGCUCCGAGGGCUCGGAGACGUCCGCGGACGCGGCAAUGUCGACCGCUCCGUCCACGUCGGCCUCUCUCGCUCUGACUGUCAAUAAACAUUGUGAAGUGAGGUGAUACAAACCGCGUUCAAAGCGUAUGACAAGGACAUUGGACUCUAAAUAUUAGUGUACAGUUCUAUUUGUAAGUAAUCAUUGUAUAUAAUUUUUAAAUAAAAUUAUCAUCUUUUUUAAUUCUUGAUGUAGUUUGUAAUAUUAUUUAUUUGUAUAAAUGGAAAGCUCAAUGAUUAACUUAAAGUUACUCUAAGGUGUAUUUUGUGCAUUUUGUGAUGCACAAGUAAAUCUUAUCAUAACAUAUUAUAUAUUUUGUUAACGUUAAUAUUUUACUUUGUGCCUCAUAAUAUGGAAUCUCAUUAAACAUAUUAUCAUUGUGAACUAGAACGAAUAUGUUUAAUAUUUAAUUGUCAAAGCUGCUCUAUCACAAUAUACAUCACACUGGCAUGGUAUUGAGGUUUAUUUCAAAACUUGUACAAUUUUAUAAAAUAAAUCAAAUAGUAAUUUAUUGUAAAUGUUUGUUUUGUAACGUUUGAAUUUAUUUAGAUAAAUUUUUAAUUUUGAAAAUGUAUAUGAUAUAAAUACAGUCUGCGUCAAUAGUAUUA